AUGUUCUCCUCCCUCCACGCCCCAGCAUCGCCCUUCGACCCACCCUCCACCAUCUCCGUCAUCCUCUCCUCCCCCCUACGCUUCCUCCUCCGGCUGACCCACCGCAUUCUAACCUCCCUCCGCUCCUCGCCCACUCCAUCCGCCCACCCAAUCCGUAUCGUCUGCAUCUCCGACACCCACACGCUCACGCAGCCCAUCCCAGACGGCGAUAUUCUAAUCCACGCCGGCGAUCUCACCAACGCCGGCACAGUCGCCGAGCUCCAAUCCCAGAUCAACUGGCUCCGAUCGCUGCCGCACGCGCACAAGAUCGCUAUAGCGGGCAAUCACGAUACGUAUCUCGAUCCGCGCUCCCGAGGGACACUGGCGCCGGGCGAUCGGGAGGGCGAGCUGGAAUGGGGAGACGUGACAUACCUCCAGUAUUCGAGCACGAUACUGCGCGUCGCUAUUGGCGGUGGCGGAGUCAGGAUGCUGAAUGUCUACGGAGCACCCCCGAUUCCUGCGUGCGGUGGGCCGGAGUUCGCGUUUCAGUAUCCGUGUGGGCGGGACGCGUGGUCGGAUACUGUACCGGCGGAUAUAGACAUUCUGGUCACGCAUACGCCGCCGAAGUAUCAUCUUGAUCUGCCGGCUAGUUUGGGCUGUGAGUGGUUGCUUAGGGAGGUACGGCGAGUUCAGCCGGCAUUGCAUGUAUUUGGGCAUGUGCAUGCUGGUGCAGGGAGGGAGGUUGUUUGGUGGGAUGAGGAGCAAUCUGCUUUUGAGAGGGGUUGUGCGGCGUUUGGACACGGAUGGUUAUGGGAUCUAGUAUCUGUCAAGGGAUACAUAGAGCUUCUCAGGGUGGUCAUCUUCGGCAUAAGCGGUAUUGUGUGGCAUCGGGUUUGGGGUGGUGAGGUAAGAGGAUGCGUGCUGGUCAACGCAGCAUUGACAGUAAACAACACUGGCAAAUUAGGGAACGAGGUGCAAGUGGUGGAAAUAUGA